UUAAAAUGAGAGGAAAAGAAGCUGAACGACUGCCAAGCACUAUGAAGAUAGACUGCAUGACCAUUAACUGUAAUCCAGUAAAGACCAUCAUAGAUGAUCUCAUUCAGAAGUUGUUUGAUUCUCUAGUAUUAUCUUUAAAAAGAUCCAUCCAAGCACAAUUGCAUGAGAUUGAUAGUUUUGUGUCCGACGGAAUGGAGAUGUUGUCCAGCCGACCCCAGAGUAUUGAAGAGAUUGGAGAAGCCAACAAGAAACAUGGAGAGUUGAAACUUAAGAAACCUGAGAUACUUCCUUUAUUUAAAGACGCUGAA